AGCACACCGUUAGUGAGGAGCAGUGCCGCGGUAGAUACGUAAAAUAAUAAGAAAAAUGCUAGGUUUCCUCGUCUCCGGCGGACGCCCGUAGUUAGUGCAAUACAAUGUUUAUGGAUGACAGUGGCAUCGAGAGUGGAGACAAGCUGGAGUCUCUGUUCGUCGACGAGCUUGGAAGCUUCGUGGAGCAGGAUCAUCCGCAGCACGCCAAGGACACGAUGCCAACAGCUGUUACCGGUGGUGGCAUCGAUUCCGAUGCGGAAAGUGAUAUCUUCUCCAAGCUUAACGACUUCGAUGUUGUUUUCGAGAACCCGAGCGAAAGAUCCCGCCAGGAGGAUCCCAUUAGGGCGGCAGUGGCCGCAGCUAGCGCUCCGGUGACCGAUUCGGAUCCUUACGCGGCCAAUCGUCCAGAUUUCCAUUCCGGCCGCAAGGUUCUGUCGAGCGACAACAGUACGGACUCGUACGCGUCCUCUACUGCCGCUACUGCGAGUGCUACAGGAUCAGUGCCUUCCGGUUCGACGUUGGAGGACAAAUCACAGCGAGACCACGGUUCUGGUGCACAAUUGAGCACAUGUAAGAUACUGCAGCGGAAGCUAGAACUGAAGGUGGAACGCGCUAAGCGUAACUACAGGCAAAUGUAUCACACUGAACAGGAACCACAUGAGAAGGAACCACAGAUAAGCAGCCUGAUACCGAUCUCGAGGCUACCGAUUCCCGGAGGACGUGAUAAUCAGCAGCUGAUCGAUGUGAACUCGGGCUUCAACAGUGACGACGACCUGGAGAAUGUGUCUUUCUUUCCGCGUAACCAGCGGAAGCUGAGCGGCCCUCAGGCGCGCCAGGAGCUGUCCGAUACGUUUAGCAUCCAGGAGAUGACGAUCGAGUCAGACAAUGAGGAUUUGGACUUUGAACAGUGUCGCAAACUGUCGGACAGUAAGGGGUAUCGAAAGAUUUUGAAUCGAGCAGCAGGAGGAACCGGACCGGAUGACUAUCUCGACAACGACACACUGGAUGAAGAUGAUGACUCGCAGAAUCUUGAGCUUUUGGCACCGAAAGGUGGUUACGCGCUGAAGGAGCAACUGCGCCGUAUGUUUUGUUGCUGCAAAGCUAAUGAUUUCCUGUGACCGUAAGCUGCAACAAGUGAGCGAAGGCGAUCUAGAAGAACGAUCCGCGAUAAAGUUUGUUCCGAUAACGUGGGCUUCCUUUUUGUUUUUUGAACGAAAACACAUGUGAACUGCGUACUACUGCGGCUUUCGCAAAUUGCGGUAACGGAAAAUGUAUAAAUGGUACCGAAACAACAUGCUUGGUUGGAGUUUUGAUUUUGAA